ACAAAUUAGCUCCAUUGCUUGUUUCUGGAAGAGUUGACGAGGAUGUCAUGAAGAGAAAAAGUCACAGCUUGUGGGAGAUAUUGGCCCCAAACAAAAUUCAAAACUGCAACAACAACAAUGACGACAGCAGCAAACCUUUCAAACGUAAGUAUGGCUGGUUUCGUCAGACUUUUAAGAGGAAACCUACUACACCAUCAAAAACAUCACCAUCAUCAUCGUCGUCAAAAUCGUCAUCGUUAUCAUCACCAUCAACGACAGCAGCAGCAGCAACUUUUUCACCACACCCAACAUCUGAUGAGGUGGAAAUUUUGAAAAUCGAUGAUGCCCUAUCUCAAGACCCAUUGAAGCAAAAAAAAUCACUGGCCUGCUUGACAAACGAGUUGAUGAGCACGGAGCUAGAUUACAUUAACUCCCUCUAUCACGUCAUCACCAACUACAUCCCACUGCUACAACAAAGACACCAAACACAAUCAGCUCUCGUUUCGCUACCGGAAACACUUCGUGGGAAAAAAUACAUAAUCUUUGGUAACAUCGAAAAGAUAUACGAAUUCCAUUCUAAGAGGUUUCAUGAAAGUUUGAAUUUGUGCCGGGGACAUCCCUAUGCCCUGGGAGCUGCCUUCAUGAAGCAUGAGUCGGAGUUUUAUUUAUAUUCACUGUACAGUAAGAACAAGCCAAAAUCUGACGCUCUGAUGUCAGAGUGUGGAAGGAAAUUUUUCCAGUUGAAACAAAAGGAGCUGAACUGUGCGAUGGACCUCGAGAGUUUCCUGCUGAAGCCCAUCCAACGACUGACCAAGUACGCCCUCAUGCUCAAACGUCUGCUGCACUCCUGCCCACUGCACAUGCCAGAGUUUCAAGAAAUUGAGGCUGCCCUGGAGAUGGUGAGAUUCGAACUGAGGCACGGCGAGGACUUACUCGCUGCUGACUGCAUACUGGGAUGUGACGUGAAUCUCGAGGAACAGGGCACGCUGUUGAGAAGAGAUGAGAUGAUGGUAACAACGAAGAUGAAGAGGACUUCCUACCACGUCUUCCUCUACGAAGACAUCCUCCUCUUCACAAAAACAAAAAAGAAAGCCAGCGGACAGGAUUUUUAUUCUUACAAAUUCAGUCUUAGGACAACGGAAAUGGGACUUACUGAGAGUGUGGGGGACGAUGGACUUUCCUUCGAAGUUUGGUUCCGGAAACGCACUCCCGGCACUUCCUACAAGAUGCAGGUCCGCAGUCGAGAAUCCAAAAAUAAAUGGACCUUUGAUUUGGCGGCGUUGCUGUGGAGGCAGACCAUCGCCUUCCGGCAGAGGUUGGCCGACAGGGUAGCCAUGGAAACAGGGAUGAGCAGUUCCGAACGAACGACGAUGGCCAGUUCGAAAAAUAAUAAUCAUUGUGACGUCAUCACUAGCCAGAAGAUCAUUUCGCAGCGAUGUUCACAAAACGGAAACGAGCCCGACCCUGGUCAGAAAGAGAGCAAACCGACCUCGUACAUGUCUUCACUGUCGUCUGCAUCUUCUUCGUCGUCGGCCUCAUGUUCAACGACCCCUCAUCCCUUCAAAACUAACGAUUCUACCUACACCUUUAACUAUAAUUUUUGGCGCUAAUUUUUUGUUCGAGAACAAAAAAUUUUGACAAAUUAUAAAAUUGAAACAACAGUAAUUAUUUGAAAUGUUAAGAAAAUAAAUUAUUUGAUGAAA